GUGAUGACGUCACCCGACCAGGAAGUAAAGUAGCACGCGACAACUAUCUGCACGAGUGCGCCACAAUUACCUAAUUUGACAUUUUACAUGUCGGGACUCAACUGGACAUGGCUGGCAGGCUGAGCUUCGCAAACAUCACCGCCUUGGCCCCCAUGGUGCGGGUGGGCACGCUGCCCAUGAGGUUGCUGGCGCUGGACUACGGGGCCGACGUGGUCUACUGCGAGGAGCUGAUUGACAUCAAGAUGGUGCAGUGUCACAGGGUGGAAAAUGAGGUUCUGCAGACGGUGGAUUUUGUGGCUCCGGAUGAUCGCGUGAUGUUCAGGACGUGUGAAAAGGAGAAGCAGAAAGUCGUCUUCCAAAUGGGUACGGCUGACCCGGAGCGAGCCCUCACCGUGGCCCGACUGGUGGAAAAGGACGUGGCGGCCAUCGACGUCAACAUGGGCUGUCCCAAAGAAUAUUCCACAAAGGGCGGGAUGGGCGCGGCUCUUCUGUCCGAUCCCGACAAGGUUGAGGCGAUCCUCAGGAAGCUAGUCGGCGGUGUAUCGGUUCCCGUCACUUGUAAGAUCAGGAUACUGCCCUCGCUGGAGGACACGCUGAGCCUGGCGCGGCGGAUCGAGAAGACGGGCGUGGCCGCCAUCGCCGUCCACGGCAGGUUCAAGGAGGAGCGUCCCAGGCACCCUGUCCACUGCGACUACAUCGGCGCCGUCGCUCGAGCCGUGGCCAUCCCCGUCAUCGCCAACGGAGGCUCCCUGGACCUGGUCAAGACCCACGGCGACAUCCGAGCCUUCAAGGAGGCCACGGGGUCCACGUCCGUCAUGUUGGCGCGAGCCGCCAUGUGGAACCCGUCCAUCUUUCGCAGCGCGGGACCGCUUCCUCUCCACGACGUCAUGAUUCAGUACCUCAAAUAUGCGCUGCGCUACGACAACCACGCCUUCAACAGCAAGUACUGUUUGUGUCAGAUGCUGCGAGACAAAGUGGAGUCGGUCCUGGGGAAACGUGUGCAGGCUGCGCAGACCAACCGGGAACUCAGUGACGCGUACGGUCUUGAGGACUUGUUCAAGGAGACGCAGAAGCAGCUGGAGGCUCGCCGCGACGCCCUGCUGAGUCCCGAGUGGCGGCAGGACAACGUCAUCACCAUGGAUGGCGAUGUCACCACCAUGGCUCUCAAGUUUCAACGACGUGAAUAUCCUCCCCAACUCACGCCAAAGAUGUUCCUUCUGGAGUGGAGUCGGCGGCAAAAGAUGGAGCAGCCGACGUACCAAACGGUGCAACGUGCGCAGGAUCGAGCCUUCCAGUCCACUGUGACUGUGGAGGACAGGAAGUACAGAUCCUCACUCUGGGAGAAGUCCAAGAAGUUUGCCGAGCAGGCGUCCGCCGUGGUUUGUCUGCGCUCUCUGGGAAUUCCCGAAGGCCGCGUAGGCGCGGAAACUGAUGCGUGGCCGCAGAAAAGGAAGAUGGAGGACAACCGCGACGCAGAAGAGAAGAGGAAAAAACAAACGGUGGAUGCUGACGGCGAGCCGGAGACCGGCGGCUUGUGAAGACAAAAACGUUAGACGUGGAACAGAUGCGGCACCUUUGACGCUUUAUUUAUUUUUUUUCCAUCUCCCAUCGGGGGAUGAUUUGAAACUCGCACUCAAGUGAGGACUUUGAUUUGAUCUCGGGAACUUGAAGUUGUCCUGCCUGUUUGAAUCAG